CGUGCCCCCGUGCUCCUCCCUGCCCUCUCUCCCAGGUGCACCUCCAGCCACAAGACAUGUCCUGCUACAACCAGUGCCUGCCAUGCCUGCCGUGCCAGCCCUGCGGCCCGACCCCGCUGGCCAACAGCUGCAAUGAGCCCUGUGUCAGGCAGUGCCAGAACUCCACCGUCGUCAUCCAGCCCUCCCCCGUGGUGGUGACCCUGCCUGGCCCCAUCCUCAGCUCCUUCUCGCAGAACACCGUUGUGGGAUCCUCCACCUCCGCUGCCGUUGGCAGCAUCCUCAGCUGUGAUGGAGUGCCCAUCAACUCUGGGUGCUGUGACCUUUCCUGCAUUUCCAGCCGUUACUGCAGCAGGAGGUGCCCCCCCUGCUAA